AUGAACCUGAUUCUGGUGCACUAUCAAAGGGAUGGGAAAGCCUCUUAUGGUGAAGAUGUUAUGGCAGAAGUUAUAAAUCUUUUGUCGCUUCACGCUUUAGGACAACAAAAAGAGGAAAGGAAAAAAUCCGAAAAAGAGGAUGAAGUUGCAGGGGAGGAACAAAUAGGGACAGCUGGAGGGGUGGAAGAAAUGGGAAUCAGUUACAGGGGAGGAAGAAAUAGGGAAAGCUAG